AUUGAUGAUCCGCCUCAAGCCCGGCGAGAGCUCACAGCUCUCUUCGUCCGUCCUCCUCUCGACUGCCGCUGCCGCUGAUGCGUCGGCGCCCGCAUCGCUGCUCCUCCUCUCGCCGGGAGCCGCCGCCGCCGAAGCGCCGCCGCCGUCGUUGCCGGGAGCGGGGUGGAUCGAGGUCUGCCGCUGCAACCCGCAGGCGCAGCUCCGAGGCACCAUCCUUCCCGCCGGCAGCUGGCUGACGGCGAGCGGCGGCGAGCUUCACCUCGUCGCGGCGCAUGUGCCAGGAGGGCGAAAGCAAGAAAACGACGCGGCGGCAACGGAGCGCUCUCUCGCCAGAGACCUCGAGGAGUGGGUCGGGCUGUGCGCGCAGCGGCGAGCCCUCGCCGAGCGUGCGGCGGCGGAGGGCCAGGCUUGGGAGGCGCAGGCGGAGGCUCAGAAGCUGCCCAUCGACUGGGGUGGGCUGAAACUGCACCGCGCCUGCGCCGCAGAGAUCCAGGAGCACGGCCUGCAGCGUGGCGCUCCGGUCGGGCUGGAGGCGACCCUCUCGGCGCUGUGCGCGCGCCGUGCCGCCGCCACCGGGGCGCCGACUCGCGCCAAGCUGCGGCGGGAGGAGCGAGCCGCCCCGCCGCGGCGCUGGAGGGAGGUGGCGCUCGGGGGUAGCGCGCUGGAGGCUGUGGCGACCGACGCGCUCUCGUUCCCGCUGAGCGGAGCUUUGCUGGCGUACCUGGCCGGGGUCGACGGGGCGGAGACGCUGACGGUGCACAUCCUCGGCCCGGAGCCCGCCGCCGAGUUGCGCUGCCGGCGCAAGUGGCUCGCCAUGCUUGCGGCGCUCCCGCACGUGCGCUCCCUGCGCCUUCUCUUCUGCGGCCCUCGCGUGCCGGCCCGGCUGGACGGCGUCGCUGAGGAGCUCGUCCUGACCGAGGCCUCGGGCGGCGGAGGCGCGGGGAGCGGCGGCGGCGGGAGAGGGGCAGGGGGCAGGCUCUCGCUCGCCUUCCUCCGAGGCGACUACCAUCACCGCCGCCCGGAGGCGCCGGCAAAGUUCAGUCAGGAGCAGCUGGCCAUUGCCUUCCACCCGGGGCUCGCCGAGCACGCCGCGGACUGGGCGCCCUCGCUGCGGCCGCUGCUCCGUCGCGGGACGCCGGUCGGGCUGACGGCGUACCACCCUCCGGAGGCGGAGCUCGACGCGCGCACGCUCGCCGCUCUCGGCGGCGCGGCGGGGGCGGGAGGGGCGGGGCAGCUUGCGGCGGCGCCGAGGCCCAACCCGCUCGCCUCGCGCCUGCCGCAUCUCGAUGAGCUCUUCCCGGGGCGCACGUACGCCGCAAACGCAUUCAUUACGCUCGCCGCGCAGGGCAGAGGCGCUUGCGUGGCCAAGCACUAGAAUGACUCAGUUCAUGGCACAUUUCUUAGCCCCCCGCUGGCCGGUUGCACUCGUGCGACGUAGCGGGGGGCCACGACUACGUUUACGAAAACAUAAGUAGCCAAACAUAAGUAGUCCUGCGAGGCAGGUGUGAUAUGCACAUGAUUUAGAUUCGAUCGACGAUUCGAGUUUGAGACACGUUCGAGAC